UGUUCGAGGAAAAAGAGGAUUUUUAGAAAAAAAGAGGAAAAAGAGGAUUUUUCCCAAAAAAGAGGCCAAAAAGAGGAUUUAUAAAAAAAAAGAGGAAAAAGAGGCGGAGUGGGAUGCCAGCUGAAUAAAGGUUUAAAUCUUUCAACAGCUCCAUCUGAUUGUGAAUGAUAUGCUGAUGUUAAAACACGUCCAAUUCCAAGCACUCGCAGACAUGAUUCGAGUGUUUUUGUGGUAAAGUUAUUUCUUCCAUAAGUCAUUAUUUCUGUUGAACAUCCGAAAUGCAUUACAAUUUCAUCCUGAAUAAAUUUAGCCGCAGUUAUAUGCGUUGCACGUGACACUGCUUUAGCUAUCAGGUAUUUUGUUGUAUGCUCAAUUGCUGCUAAAAUCCAUCUAUUUCCUCGAUCAGUUAACGGUAGUUGACCAGCGAUCCUGACUCAGACGAUGAAAUACGCUUACAAGAGUGAGAGAGUGCAAUUCUUUAAUGUCGUUUUUCAUAUUUGGUCAUCAAGUACGUGUGUGUAAUAAUUCACACGUACUACGGAUCCGAUAUGACCGUAAGCAACAUGAAUCUUUAUAACUGUAUCUAAUCGAAGAAUAAAUUGUACAUAUGGCGUUGUUCCUCCAUUCAUUAAUUUUCUAUACGUAUUUUUCCCGAUAAAUCCAAAGUAAAUAGGUGCACUUCGUUUUCAAUUAACCUUCUUCUUACGUAUGCAAUGUCUGCUUCAAACGUAUGCUGUUGUGAAUAUUGUGGUAUUAAACGUGGUCAAUCUACUUCAAAAAUGUUUUAUUCCGUUAGUUUCAGCUAAAGCAUUUAACUAGAAUAAAGCUGUCUAAUUAAUUGCAUUCGUGAACGUAAUAAGAUUAUAUUCUUUUUUUAAAGGCGGUCUUGAUUUUCGCGUAUCUGGCUUAACACUAUUGUCGUUUGGUGGCAAGUAUCAAAGUGUUCAAACACAAGUAACAGUGGUUUGUUCAACAUGUAAUGCAGUUUUCAUUCCUGGUUUUAUAUUUCAACUGCAAAUUACCGAUGGUCAACUUGAUAAAGUACUAUUAGCCAUUACUGGAACACUUGAAGCAGAUCUGAUUCUAGCAAUAACUGCAAGUGGUUCAUAUUCUUACUCAAAUACUUACGCAGUGCCAGGUGCCUCAGUAACAGUAUCGUUCACAUUUUUUAUUGCAUUCAUUCCAGUUAAUAUACAAGUUGCUGCAGAUUUAGUAAUAACAUAUGGUAUUGGUCUUACUUUAGCUGCUACCUUGACCACUGGUGUUAGUUAUUCAAAAACAGCUCAAGCUGGCCUACAAUAUACAAAUGGGGCACAAUUCUAUACGCCAACAGUAUCAUUCGGUUUAAAAGGUUCAGCGAGCCUUGGGUUUCAAGUAGUUCUAUCUGUAACAUUAGAAUUUGUUAUAACUGGUACACUGCAAUUAACUCCUUCUUUAAGAUAUGACAUUAGUCUUGUUCAAAAUAAAACAAAUCCAUCAGAGUAUGAUGCUGUUGGAGUUCUAUCAAUUAAUUUUGAUAUUACCGUACAAGCAAAGUUGGGAAUUGUUAUAGAGCAAAUUUCUAUUGGUCCAUCACUUACUUUAGAAUAUAUUACACUGUAUCAUUUCACAGAUCCACUGUACACAAGCACACUCUGUAAGUACACAAGUUUUAAGUAA